AUGGUCGCAGGCGGCAAACAGAUGAAUGUCCGGGUGACGACGAUGGACGCGGAACUGGAGUUCGCGAUCCAGCAAACGACAACUGGCAAACAACUCUUCGAUCAGGUGGUUAAAACCAUCGGUUUGCGAGAGGUGUGGUUCUUUGGACUCCAGUACACCGAUUCCAAAGGCGAUUUAACAUGGAUCAAACUCUACAAGAAGGUGAUGCAACAGGACGUCAAGAAGGAGAAUCCGCUCCAAUUCAAGUUUCGCGCUAAAUUCUACCCGGAGGAUGUCGCUGAUGAACUUAUUCAGGAGAUCACAUUGAAACUCUUCUACCUGCAGGUGAAGAACGCUAUCCUAUCAGAUGAGAUAUACUGUCCACCGGAGACUUCGGUUCUGUUGGCGUCGUACGCGGUGCAGGCCCGACAUGGCGACCACAACCCUUCGAUGCACGGUCCGGGCUUCCUGGCCAACGACCGUCUGCUGCCACAGCGUGUCACUGAUCAACACAAGAUGUCGCGCGAAGAAUGGGAGCAAAGCAUUACGAACUGGUGGCAAGAGCACCGCGGGAUGCUGCGCGAGGACGCUAUGAUGGAGUACCUCAAGAUUGCUCAAGAUCUCGAGAUGUACGGCGUGAACUACUUUGAGAUCCGCAACAAGAAAAACACGGAGCUGUGGCUCGGUGUGGAUGCACUUGGGCUCAACAUUUACGAGAAGGAUGACAAACUUACUCCAAAAAUCGGUUUCCCCUGGUCUGAGAUCCGAAACAUCUCGUUCAACGACCGCAAGUUCAUAAUCAAGCCAAUAGACAAGAAGGCUCCCGACUUCGUCUUCUUCGCCCCGCGGGUCCGCGUCAACAAGCGUAUUCUAGCCUUGUGUAUGGGCAACCAUGAACUGUACAUGCGCAGACGCAAGCCCGACACGAUUGAUGUUCAGCAGAUGAAGGCCCAAGCCAGGGAAGAGAAGUUAGCCAAGCAGGCGCAAAGGGAAAAACUCCAACUAGAGAUUGCUGCGCGUGAGCGGGCCGAAAAGAAACAACAAGAGUAUGAAGAUCGCUUGAGACAGAUGCAAGAAGAGAUGGAACGCUCACAGGCAAACCUGAUCGAAGCCCAAGAGAUGAUCAGACGGCUGGAAGAACAACUGAAGCAGUUGCAGGCCGCUAAGGACGAACUGGAACAGCGUCAAAAUGAGCUCCACAACAUGAUGCAGCGCCUCGAGGAGACCAAGAACAUGGAAGCGGCUGAAAGACAGAAGUUAGAAGACGAGAUUCGAGCCAAGCAAGAGGAGGUGUCUCGCAUCCAGCAGGAGGUUGAAAUCAAGGACACUGAAACUCGCCGUUUACAAGAGGAAGUUGAAGAGGCACGUCGCAAGCAGGACGAGGCCGCUGCGUUGCUCGCGGCAGCGACCACUCCCCAGCACCACCACGUCAACGAGGGCAGACGCGAAGGGGAAGAGGGUGAGGGAGAAGGCGGAUCCGGAGACGGAUCGGACGGUGGCUCCGAGUCGGGAGUCGGUGAGCUAACCCGUGCUCCUGACGAUCUUGUGGAUCCACUCGCAGAGAGACGCACCCUCGCCGAAAAGAACGAGCGUUUGCACAACCAGCUCAAGGCGCUGAAACAAGACUUGGCUCAGUCCCGCGACGAGACUAAAGAGACGGCCAUGGACAAGAUCCACCGCGAGAACGUCCGCCAGGGGCGCGACAAGUACAAGACGCUGCGCGAAAUUCGCAAGGGCAACACCAAGCGUCGCGUCGACCAAUUCGAGAACAUGUAG